UCGAGAACUUGAAAAUUGGUUUAGAGAUAAACCAGUGAGAGAAGAAGAAGAAGAAGAAGAAGACAAUGAAAGAAGAUGCCCUCGUGGCUGGUGGAAGGGUUUCGAUGAUGGACGCCUGGCACACCCAUCAAGAAACGUGUUAUGGGGAUUCAGUGCCCCUCUUGCCAAGUGCCUGCCAUUUUCUCUCUCUCUUCUUCUCCUCCUCCAUUUUGGUAUAUAAAAUUAUAAAUUCCAAAACCCAACUGUCCAUCUUCUACAAUCUACAUUGUUUUCCCUAGUUUAGCUCUGGUUCAGUAGCCUCAGGCUGCUGUUCCUGGCUCUUCUAGAUUAUGGAUUGGUUGCUUAAGUUAAGGAGAGCUUUGCUUGCCUUCUCUGCCAGACUCAAGCAUCGAAAAUCUGUAGGUGGUGCUGGUGGUGAUCUGUGUGGUGGAGUAGGUGGUCUGCUAAAGCUUCAAGAUGAUGUGCAAAUGUGUGGGUACCAAGAUGUACACAUUAUGUGGAACAUGUUGAGCAAAGCUCAACAGGAGGAGAUUCAGAUCAUGGCAAAAACUCAGUCACCUACCAAGCCGAAUCAGAAGCAACGAAGACGACAACGAUCAUCAUGUUCUUUCAGGACUUUCUUUGGACCAGCCACACAGAGCUGCGUCUUGGUUAGACUAGAAUCCAAUGCUUCUUCAAUCUUGAGUUGAGGAA